AUGGCCACCGCGUUGCAACAGCAGUUGGCGCAAAUCGCCAAAAAGUCGACCGACCAACUCGAUCUCAAAGCGCAGCGCGCACAGCACAGCAAGUCGUUGCUGUUCGACGCCCGAGUCGCCGCCAACCAGACCUUUGAGACCAUCUACCAAAUAUGCGCCGAAGCCUUCCAGGAGUUAUGCAUGCUCGACGCCCGCUUUGCGCCCUUUGCCGCCAAUCUUUUCAGCGAACAGUCAAAGUCUGAGGAGCGCAUCAACCUGACCAAGAAGGAGAAUGAGGACCUGGACCAGAUCAUCGACAGCUUCUUGGGCCUCGUCAGCUCUAGGCUGCUGCUACGGCCGGGUCUCAAGGCCGUCGAGUGGCUGGUCCGCCGUUUCCGGUAUUCCUACAGCACCUCUGACCCUAUACGCUACCAAACACAAUGCUAA